AUGGGCGGCAUCUGGUCAAGCCCUGCCGUUGGCACCGCAGUGGCCGUGCCAGCAACGCAUCGGCAGCAACAGCGGCAGCCCUUCCACGUCAAGAAAGUCGCCAUCAUCGGCGCAGGGCCGGCUGGCCUGGCUGCUGCCAGAUACCUCAACGCCCAAGGCGCCGUCGACUCCAUCACCAUCUUCGAGCAGCAGGAUCAGGUCGGCGGCGUCUGGUACUACAGCGGCCUUGCGCCGAAGGAGGUGCCCGUGCCGCAGCAGGAUCCGUUCUGGGGCCCGGAGCCGUCCAUCUGGCCUGAGGGAGCACCGGCGCCAAUCUUCCCUUCGCCCAUGUACGAGAGGCUUCAUGCGAAUAUUCCCGGAUGCCUGAUGCAGUUUCACGAUACGGCGUUUCCGGCGGAUGAGUGGCUGUUCCCCAAAAGGGAGGCGAUUCAAGAAUAUCUUGUUCGUUAUGCUGAGGACCUGAAGCAUCUUAUCAAAUUCCGCCAUCAAGUGACGCAGGUCCACGUAGAAACUCAGGAUGGCAGAGAUCAGUGGCAUUUGGAAGCAUCGUCUACGUUGAAUGAUGGUGAAGUCGUCCGGGAGACGUAUGAUGCCGUUGUCGUUGCCAAUGGUCACUACUCAGUGCCUUUCGUACCCUCCAUCAAGAACUUACAGGAGUUCAACAAAGCCCACCCUACCAUCAUCAGCCAUUCAAAGCAGUAUCGAAAGAAUGAGCACUUCAGAGGGAAGAAGGUUGUGGUCGUCGGCAAUGGGCCGUCUGGUCUCGACAUAGCCUAUCAAAUCAAUGAAGUGGCCGACAGAACGCUCAUGUCCGUACGACAUCCCACAUCGCCCGACAAAAUCUCUCACAUUGGGUGUGAAGAAGUCCCCGAAAUAGUCGAAUUCUUACCAGACCAGCGAGGCGUUCUUUUCAAAGAUGGAAGUAAAGAGAUAGAUAUAGAUUACAUUGUGUUCUGCACUGGAUUCUUGUUUGGCUACCCUUUCCUCAACAGCCUCGGCCACAAGAUUAUCACAUCCGGGCGCGGUAUUCAUGGGCUCUAUCAGCACACGUUUCUCAUCGAGCAUCCGACAUUGGUUUUCCCAGCCCUAAAUAUGAAGUCUGUUCCAUGGCCCCUCGCAGAAGCACAGGCAGCGGCAUUCUCAGCGGUAUGGGCCAAUGAUCUGGCACUGCCCUCUGACGACGAGAUGAACAAAUGGAGCAAAGAGCUGGAAGAGGCACGAGGGGAGGUACUACACACAUACCCGGAAUUAGGGGACGAUGGCAAGCACAUCAACGAGUUUUACGAUUGGGUAAAUAAGGCGAAACACGUGGGCAAACAGCCUCCACACUGGGAAGGCGAGCAGUUUUGGCAGAGGAAACUAGCUCCGCAGGCCAAGACCAAAUUUGAAGAAGACGGAUGUAGAGCCAAGACUCUGGCUGAUCUUGGUUACCAUUAUGAGCCUGACAAAGAAUGA